UGGGAGUACCUGACGACGAGCCUGUUCUGUCUUGAUCGAGUUAUGGAAGCUACCAAGGGAGUUACAUACAUGGAUCAAGAUAGUUCAAAUGUAAGGUCCAGGUUUGUAUGGUAUUCAUGGCUUGGGCGAGAGGGUAUUUCAUUCAACCACUCUUUCCCUUGGAAGGUCAUGAAUUAGUUAUCCCACUUGCCUGAUCAUGGCCGGAGUUGCACUUGGAGAUCCUUUGUACGAGGUGCAGAAUGGAGUGUCCCAUUUUGAUUCCUCGAGUGAGAAAACAGCCAUAUCUCUCUCUGAGGACACUGGUUUUGACGACAAGAUGUCGGGUCACUAUGUCCACAUCCUCAAUGGAAACAAGGUAUUUAAACUUGUGGUGGUGCUCCAUUCCACCGCCACUGCAGCCGAUCAAGCAGCCUGGAGCAAAUCGUCACCUUCGCGUUUGGACCUGCAAGACAAGGGGAUCACUGCAACACCUCCCACUGAGUCCGAGGCGAAUCGGUUGGCAGAGAUAGAGGCCACACCCAGAUUGCGGACAAUCCUGAAAGAAUGGGAGCAGAACUUCAAUUACUCGUGGGGGAAAAUUGAGAACGAGGAGAACAAAUGCAACCGACACCGGAGCGAGAUACAUCAACUAAUCGGGUACUUUAGCGUCUUUCAGGGUGUGGUGCUCACUGCAGUUGCGCACACGAGUUCCCUCAGCUGCCAAACGUGGUGGAUCCCCUUCACUCUGUCAUCGUUGGCAUGCCUUGCAACUCUUUGGGCCGUCACACAAAAGCUGAGGAGCCUCUUCUUCUUGAAAUGCAUUCUCGAAAAAGACCGACAGCAGUCACAGGUGCUGCAUCUGCAGAUAGUCUUGCUGAAGAGCAUGGGGAAAGACUUCGUGUUUCCCAAGCUCACAAAGUAUCAUCAUUCCGAGGCUGCAACAACUAAGACGGGAUUCAAGUACAUCUAUUCUUUGGUGAUUCUUUUUCUGGUAGUCUUCAGCAGCGUUUUUCUUAUCUCGUGCCUGAUCAUCCUCUGCCGCCCAGCAGGUUAACUUUGAUGAGUAAUGGUAGUUGCGUAGAGACAACUGGUGCUUUAGAAAAUGGGUGCAACUAUGUUGCCAAUUGUCGCUAUGUCCAAUGGGCGGAAGGCAAAGUUCCAGCCUCCUUGAUGAUUGAUCUUGCUGCCAUGCCUAGAUUGCCAUGAAAACAGUUUUUGGCAUGAAAUGCAGAAAAAUUCUUCAUUCUAUGCAAACUCCAGCAACGGUGUUGGAUGA